AUGCUUGCUAUUACCAUUGCACGCCUACCCAUGGCAUCUUUCUCAAAAUGUCUUGCCAGAAGUUCGUGUCUCUUGAUCCGACCAGCAAAACCUGUCUUCACUCCACAAAUACAGAUGUUCAGCAGUCAGGCCCGUAGUUCAACCAGGCGUGCUGCUAGAGCAGCUAAAGCUAGAUCCUUCAAGGACAUAGUCAUGGCUCCAGCUGGAGACUCGGCUUUUAAUCUUGGUCGGGGUUUGGUAGCUGGUGCUUCAGUUGUUGGAAUUGGUUCUCUCUGUUAUUAUGGUCUUGGACUGUCCAACCAAGUUGGUACCAUCGAUCGAUCAGUGUUGUGGCCAGAAAUUGUUCGCCAGAGAAUACGUGAUACUUACCUAUAUUUUGGUGGCAGCAUAGCAUUAACAGCCCUUUCUGCAGUUGCUAUUUCUCGAAAUCCUGCUAUGCUCAACCUUAUGAUGAGGAACUCUUGGCUGGCUAUUGGUGCCUCAUUUGCAGCAAUGAUUGGUAGUGGAAUGUUGGUACGAUCUCUUCCUUACACAGAAGGGUUUGGUGCCAAGCAAAUGGCUUGGAUGCUGCACAGUGGAGUUGUUGGUGCAGUUGUUGCUCCACUUUGCCUUAUGGGAGGACCCAUUCUUGUCCGGGCUGCUUGGUACACAGUUGGUGUUGUUGGAGGUCUUUCUACUUUGGCAAUGUGUGCUCCCAGUGAAAAAUUCCUUAACAUGGGAGGCCCACUAGCUGCUGGUCUUGGAGUUGUAUUUGUUUCCUCCAUUGGUAGGUCUGCUUGA